GUGAAUAACUACCCUAAGAACCUGCCAACAAUUAGUGUGAUUCUGAUCUAUUUGAAUGAGGCUCCAUCAGUCAUUAAAAGGGCAAUCCAUAGCAUCACUGACAAAACUCCUGCUCAUCUGCUAAAGGAGAUCAUCCUGGUAGACGACUAUAGCUCAAAUGAGGAUCUGCAAUUGGCUCUAGAUGAAUAUAUUGAUCUAUUUAAUAAAGACAAGCCUGGCUUAAUCAAGAAAGUGAGACACAAAAGGCAGAUGGGUCUUGCAAAGGCACGAAUCUCAGGCUGGGAAGCGGCCACAGGUCAGGUGGUAGCCAUUCUGGAUGCACACAUUGAAGUUCAUAAGGAAUGGGCAGAGCCACUACUUUCAAGAAUCAAAGCAGACAGGACAGUAGUGCUGUCACCGGUGUUCGACAAAGUGCUUUUUGACACACUGGAGGUUGUUGAGUAUAUUCCUGCUGCUCAUGCAUUUGACUGGAACCUCUGGUGCAUGUAUGAGUCCUUCCGGCCAGAAUGGUACAAAAACUACAACCCAUCCAAACCGGGGAAGAGUCCCUCAAUCAUGGGUAUUUUUGUCGCUGAUCGUCAAUUCCUGGGAGAAAUUGGAGUUUUGGAUGAAGGAAUGACAAUUUACGGGGGUGAAAAUGUUGAACUUGCAAUACGUGUCUGGCUCUGUGGUGGGAGUAUUGAAGUGGUGCCGUGUUCAAAGAUCGCACACAUUGAAAGAGCACAUAAGCCCUAUUCACUAGAUCUCAGCAGGCCCAUGAUUCGAAACGCCCUGAGAGUGGCCGAAAUCUGGCUGGAUGAAUAUAAAUCAAAUGUGAAUAUUGCCUGGAAUCUCCCUCUAAAGAAUCAUGGAAUUGAUUUUGGUGAUGUGACUGAAAGAAAACAGUUACGAGAGAAACUCAAAUGUAAGCCCUUCAAAUGGUAUCUGGAAAAUGUAUAUCCUCUCCUAGACGGCUGGGAAGACAUUAUUAGUUAUGGUGCGCUGAAGAAUGACAUUCAAGAAAGAUACUGCAUUGAUCAAGGUGAAGUUCCUGGAAGUGUACCUAUUCUGUAUGAAUGUCAUCACUAUGACCCUCAGCAUUGUUAUUACAACCGUAAUGGAGAGGUCUACAUUGGAGGCAUCAAAUCCCACACGUAUAACUCUAACCGUUGUCUAAUGGAUCCUGGUAGUGGAAAUACACCAGCGUUGCAUGACUGUAAAAAUGCCAAGGAGAAAGGAUUGAGUAUAUACUGGGACUUUUCUCAGGGAAAUGCAAUAAGAAACAGAAACACAACUCGAUGUCUUGAGAUUGGCCAAGGAGAGGAUUCCUCUUAUUAUCUUAUUUUGCAAACAUGCACAGGACAAAAAUGGACAAUACAACAUGUUAUCAAAGACUUAAAAGGAAAGUUCACAGAAGUGAAAAUAUAG